ACCCGGAAGGGUGAAUGCCCCCGGCUGGAGAGAAAGGAAAGCCUGGUGGCGGGAAGUUUUUUUUGGAGUGCGGCUGAAAGGGAGAGAAAUUUGACUCUCCGGUUCAACUUUAGAAUGGCAUCCAUUUCAGCUCUGAGUGAGGAACUGGAUUCUGUAACGAGUGAGCUACAUGCAGUAGACAUUCAAAUCCAGGAACUUCUGGAAAGGCAGCAGGAGCUCAUUCAGAAAAAAAAUGUACUAACGAAGAGAAUAAAACUGUGUUUAGAGGGCUCCGAUGCUGGGGAGAGCAGUGAAUGUGAUUCUUCACCUGCCUCUUGGAAUAAAGAAGAUUUUCCAUGGUCUGGUAAAGUUAAAGAUGUUCUACAAAAUGUCUUUAAACUGCAGAAGUUCAGGCCACUUCAGCUCGAAACUAUUAACGUCACAAUGUCUGGAAAGGAGGUAUUUCUCGUUAUGCCUACAGGAGGGGGAAAGAGCUUAUGCUACCAGUUACCAGCAUUGUGUUCAGAUGGUUUUACCCUUGUGAUUUGCCCACUAAUCUCCCUUAUGGAAGACCAGUUAAUGGUUCUGAAACAAUUAGGAAUUUCAGCUACCAUGUUAAAUGCUUCUAGUUCUAAGGAGCAUGUGAAAUGGGUUCAUGCUGAAAUGGUAAAUAAAAACUCCAAGCUAAAGCUGAUUUAUGUGACUCCAGAGAAAAUUGCAAAAAGCAAAAUGUUUAUGUCAAGACUGGAAAAAGCCUAUGAAGCAAGAAGAUUUACCCGAAUUGCUGUAGAUGAAGUUCAUUGCUGUAGUCAGUGGGGACACGAUUUCAGACCUGAUUAUAAGGCUCUUGGUAUCUUGAAGCGGCAGUUCCCAAAUGCGUCGCUAAUUGGAUUGACCGCAACAGCGACCAGUCACGUUUUGAAGGAUGCUCAGAAAAUAUUGUGCGUUGAAAAAUGUUUUACUUUCACGGCUUCUUUUAAUCGGCCAAAUCUCUAUUAUGAGGUUCGGCAGAAGCCCUCAAACACUGAAGAUUUUAUUGAGGACAUUGUAAAGCUCAUUAAUGGAAGAUACAAGGGGCAAUCAGGAAUCAUAUAUUGCUUUUCUCAGAAAGACUCUGAGCAAGUUACAAUUAGUUUACAGAAAUUGGGGAUUCCUGCAGGUGCAUACCAUGCCAAUAUGGAACCAGAAGAUAAGACCAAGGUUCACAGAAGAUGGUCAGCGAAUGAAAUUCAGGUAGUUGUGGCAACAGUUGCAUUUGGUAUGGGAAUUGAUAAGCCAGAUGUGAGGUUUGUUAUUCAUCAUUCAAUGAGUAAAUCCAUGGAAAAUUAUUACCAAGAGAGUGGCCGUGCAGGUCGAGAUGACAUGAAAGCAGACUGUAUUUUGUAUUAUGGCUUUGGAGAUAUAUUCAGGAUAAGUUCAAUGGUGGUGAUGGAAAAUGUGGGACAACAAAAGCUUUAUGAGAUGGUGUCCUACUGUCAAAACAUAAACAAAUGUCGCCGUGUAUUGAUAGCUCAACAUUUUGACGAAGUAUGGAGUCCAGAAGCAUGUAACAAAAUGUGUGAUAACUGCUGUAAAGAGAUUUCAUUUGAAAGAAAGAAUGUAACUGCAUACUGCAGGGAUCUUAUUAAGAUCCUGAAGCAGGCCGAGGACCUGAAUGAAAAGCUCACUCCACUAAAACUGAUCGACUCUUGGAUGGGAAAGGGUGCCUCGAAAUUGAGAGUGGCAGGCCUUGCUCCCCCCACACUUCCUCGUGAAGACCUGGAGAAAAUCAUUGCACACUUCCUCAUACAGCAGUAUCUCAAAGAAGACUACAGUUUUACAGCUUACGCUACCAUUUCAUAUUUGAAAGUAGGACCUAAAGCUAAUCUUCUGAACAGCGAGGCCCACGUUAUCACCAUGAGAGUAAAGAAGCCCGUGCAGAGCUGUUUCAGGACUGAAUCACCUCAAACCUGUCAUUCUGAAGGAACUGAUAAAAAGAGGGAAGAAAAAACUCCAAGUAACUUCCUGAAGAGGUCUGCAAACAUGCUUCAGCAACCUGACUGUAAGAAUACAGGGGCUAAGAAAAGAAAAACUGAUAAUGCAUGAGAUGAGUGUUUCUAAAUUUUCCAAGAAAACAUCUUAUGCAUGGAUACACUAUUAGUUUUGUAGUUAACCAGAA